CGCCGGCCAACUUGAGCUUAAGAGGGUAUGAAGUUAUUGAUGAGGCCAAGGAAGAGCUUGAGAAGCAAUGCCCCGGAGUUGUUUCUUGUGCUGAUAUUGUUGCUAUGGCUGCCCGAGAUGCCGUCUUCUUUGCUGGAGGUCCAGUUUAUGAAAUACCCAAAGGCAGAAAAGAUGGGAAAAGGUCAAGAAUAGAAGACACUAAAAAUCUACCAUCUCCCAAUCUCAACAGCUCCCAGCUUAGCAGCAUGUUUAGGCAGCGUGGCUUCACGGUUCAAGAAAUGGUAGCCUUGUCAGGCGCCCAUAGCUUGGGAGCAGCAAGGUGCGCAUCAUUCAAGCAGCGGUUGAGCAGCUUUGACCAGAUGCAUGCUGUGGACCCCACUAUCGAUGGCAGGUUUGCGGAAACUCUGUCUCGAACAUGCAAUGCCGGCGACGGUGCAGAGCAACCCUUCGAUUCGACGAGGAACACAUUCGACAACGACUAUUUCAAUGCA